CCUUCUUUAAUUCUUGACUGACAUAUCAAUAUCAGCUUCCUUCUUCAGCUACUACAUUCCAUUGAAUGAAUGAUAUUGUUUGGUUUUGAGUGAAAUAAAUAUAGCUAUUGUCCAAAAGGAUUGGCAUGAGAGACAAAAGAUAAGAUGAUGAAACCCACAGCCAAAUCAAUUGAGAGAGUUGGUCGUUUCUUAAGGAAAAGCCUUGGGAGCAUCAAGUCCACUAUCUGCUUUGGUAAACACCACACCUUACCUAAAAUCAACAACACUCCACUCUUGAGCCCCUUCUCGUGCAGUCUACACCGCAGCUGUCCACAAGAUUCCCAAACUGAAGAAACCUACAGCGUUUUCUCUUCUGAGAGCACAGCUGUUGCAGAAACCAGAGAUGAGAGUCUCAUCAACAAGGUCCGACACAAAAAGAAACCGAAGAAGAAGAAGGUUGCAGAGCCAAUGGAGGAGGCUAAGAGAAGAGGUGAGAUGCUGGCGCAAAAGAUGAAAGAUUUCAACAUGGUGGAUCUCAGAGACGUGGAGCACGCUUCGGAUGUACAGGAAGCUCUUCGAUGCUACUCAAGCAUUAGAAGCCCUGUGUACCUUGACAUUGUUGACAAUUUCUUCACUGACAUGUACUACGAGUUCUCUGAUCCGCUCACUACUACUUCCAGUAUCAAGGGCUCAAGAAGAAAAGCAGGCUCUUUCAGGCUCUAAGACCCCUCUCGAUCAGCUUAAAAGCUACGGUGAAGCUAUUUCGUUUAGAAUAUGCACUUCCUAAGACGUGUUGUUAUCCAUUACGCCACUCAAAAAUUUCACUUACUAGUUGCAUGUUUGUAUAAAAAGAAACCUGCACGUUCAGUUACUUGUUACUACCUCAUCUUAUAGAGUCUUCAUGUUAUCAAUGCAACAUAUGUUGUCUUCAAUUUAUGUCAAACAACAGUUUCUAAGA